CUUCUAGGAUUACUCACCUACCGACAUCUUCAUAGCGUGGGAAGAGUUUGGCGGUAUUUUUGAAGUUUCGAAGAAGAGAAAGGUCAAAUCUGUGGGCUCGGAAAAAAACAGUUUCAGGAGAAAACUUCAUUUGCGAUCGGAAAGCUCAAACACGAAGUAACAUUUACCCAUUUAAUUAUUUUUGCUAUUGCUAUCCAUAAUCUUAGAUAACAAUGGAUUCAAAGUCCUCUGCAUUAGUUUUGACGGAUUCGGUUACCCUAAACGCAAGCGUUGUAACGUGGAUUUAUGAAAAAAUACCAGAGAAAGCGAAAGAUCUAAACAUAAUUACACAGGCGGCACGAUUAGAAGGAAAGUUGAAUUUGGAUUCCUCAUCUCUGGAUGCGGUUAUAUCAGUUUCAGAGAAUUUGGACUUUCAUAGCCAAACGUGGCUUUUGGAGCUUACCAGGGUUAUGAAGUCUAAUGGCAUAAUCUUUUUAAAAACCAACGUUUCUUCAAAUCUUGAUGCUAAGCAGAUUAAGAUUACCUUGGAACGAAACCUUCUGCUAGCUGGAUUUGUUGUUGAUGAUAGGAUAGAUGUUGAGGUCAGUGGGCUUGGGUCACUGGUAGUGAAAGCCCAAAAGCCUGCUUGGGCAACUGGAUCAUCCUUCACGCUCAAAAAGAAAAUUGCCGAGAAACCUGAAAUUGUGCCCAAGAGCAAUGUGCUGCCAGCCUUUAAAAUUGAAAUACAAGAUGACAUGGAUGAUCUCAUUGACGAGGACAGCUUAUUGACAGAAGAAGACUUGAAGAAGCCUGAAAUGCCACCUGCUGAUGAUUGUGAAGUAGGUAAGGCAGGAAGGAAAGCUUGUAAAAACUGUGUAUGUGGCAGAGCUGAAAUGGAACAGAAGCAGGAGAAGUUGCAGUUGACGCCAGAUCAGUUGGACAACCCACAAUCUUCAUGUGGAAAUUGUUCUCUUGGAGAUGCAUUUCGCUGUUCAGGUUGUCCAUACAAAGGACUUCCCCCUUUUAAACUAGGGGAGAAGAUAUCUCUUAGUGGAUCAUUCCUCACAGCUGAUGUGUGAGAUGUUAUGUUAUCCUUACCAGCUUCGAACUUACCAGAAUUCUUUCGAGUUCCAAAAUCGAUCGUAUUUAAAACAUUCUUUCUAAAUCUGAGCACUCUAAGAGUCUGAAGUGCUUUAUAGGGUAGAUUCUUUGGCAAUUGGUAGAGAGUCAAGAUUUUCAUAGGAUGAUUCCAAAUUAUCUUUUCAAAUGACAAACGGCUGUGACACAGUGGAUCACGUAUCUGGAGGAUGUUUUUGUUCUCUUAUUAGCUCCAAUUAUGUCUGAGCUUUGUUUCGUUGCAAAAACGUUGUUAGUGUAAACUCGUCUUAUUGCAAAUAACACUUCAUGGUGGGAACAUCAUUUUGAUA